AUGUUCCAGGCCCUCUACACUAGUGCUGAGUUCCGCUGUCUUAUUCUUUUCAUUUGCCUUUUCUAUGGGACAUCCUCCGAUCUCCUUUACUGGGGGAAUGGAGGGGUGACCACCAUUCACUCGGAGCGCGGGACCCGUCAGGGCGACCCGCUCAGCCCGUUCCUGUAUGCACUCACACAGCGCAUGGCUCUAGAGCUAGUUCUAGCUGAGGGCGAUGUCCAGCUAUGGUCAUACGCAAAUGACACUUACGUACUGGGCCCUCCUUCCAAGGUGCUACACCACAUCGCAGAGAUUGUGAGGCACUUGCGCGAGCUGGGCCUUGCGGUCCAGCCACACAAGUGUCUCGUCUACGGUAGGGAUUUUGUGACUUCCAGAGAGGUGGAGGCAUUCACGAGUCUGGAGAUCGAGGUCGCUCGCAGAGGACUCACCGUUACGGGAGUGUCGGGCGGAGGUGCAGGCGCGUGGUUGACGGCGGUGCCGUACGCAGACUCGCUGCGCAUCCCAGAGGCGCAGUGGCAGGUGGCCUCAGCUUUCCGUCUCGACCUCCCUAUCCCCCAACUAGCCCUCGCAGGUCGGUGUUCUUGUGGGCACGCGAUCGACGACAUGACGGAACCUCACCACGUGGUGCGGUGCUCCCGCUUCGGCGUCACCACGGUCAUCCACGACACCGUGACAUACAUGCUUUGGGACUUUGCUUCUCAGGCAGGUUUCGCGGUGAAGGUGGAGGACACCACUUUGAUUCUGCAUCUGGAGGCAGCUAGAGCGCGACUGCAGGGACUCUCGGGGACGGGGGACGGGGUACCGAGACAGUCAGGGGCACCGUGGGGAUAG